GGUGCCACUAGGCGAUUCCCAUCCCUCCAGCGGUGCCUGUCGUGGCAUAAGGAAGUGAGACGGAGCGAUUCACAGGGAUGGGAGGAAGCACUGAUUAACUUGUGGGAAGGAGGAGAAGUGACGUGGGGCGAUAUAGGAUGUGUCGUUGCAAGCUGGCAGCCUAGACAGCCUGGUCCUGUCCAAGCUCCGUGUCUCUUGUCGUGUUAUAAUUCAGCAGGGAAGAAAGAGAGAGAGAGGGGGGAAAAAAAAAAGUUUGGGAAGAGUGUUAAAAAAAUUAUGGGGAUGACUUGUUUCAAGGAGGCCUCAUUACCUGUCAGCAUGGUGGAGCACGCUGAGUUCCUGAAAGCUGGGAAGGAGCCUGGCCUCCAGAUCUGGAGGGUUGAGAAAUUCGAUUUGGUUCCCGUGCCAAAAAACCUAUACGGGGAGUUUUUCACUGGAGAUUCCUAUCUGGCUCUGAACACCAUCAGGCAGCGGAGUGGCAAUCUGCAGUACGACCUGCAUUUCUGGUUAGGGGAUGCCAGUUCCCAAGAUGAGCGCGGUGCAGCUGCCAUCUUCACCGUCCAGAUGGACGAACAUCUGCAGGGGAAGGCUGUCCAGCACCGGGAGGUGCAAGGGCACGAGUCCUCGACUUUCCUGGGAUACUUCAAAUCCGGCAUCAAGUACAAAGCUGGCGGGGUGGCUUCUGGCUUCAAGCACGUGGUUCCCAAUGAAGUGACUAUCCAGAGACUGCUGCAGGUUAAAGGCAAACGAGCACCCCGAGCUACCGAGGUCCCCGUGACCUGGAACAGCUUCAACAAAGGAGACUGCUUCAUCCUUGACCUGGGCGCUGACAUCCACCAGUGGUGCGGCUCCCAAAGCAACCGCCAGGAGCGCUUGAAGGCCACGCUAGUGGCCAAGGGAAUCCGGGAUAACGAGCGACACGGCCGUGCCAAGGUCUACGUCAUAGAGGAAGGGUCGGAACGGGAGCAAAUGCUGGAGGUUCUGGGACCAAAGCCUGGCCUGCCAGAGGGAGUUGCCGAUGAGCAACAGACUGAUGCCGCCAAUAGAAAGCUGGCUAAGCUGUACAAGGUAACCAAUGGGGCAGGGAACAUGGUGGUCUCCCUGGUGGCAGCUGAGAACCCCUUCUCCCAGGCUGCGCUGAUCUCAGAUGACUGCUUCAUCCUGGACCAUGGCACUGAUGGGAAAAUCUUUGUGUGGAAAGGCAAGAAGGCCAACUCUGAAGAGAAGAAGGCUGCUCUGAGAACUGCCACGGAGUUCAUUGAGAAGAUGCAGUAUCCCAAACACACCCAGAUCCAAGUCCUGCCCGAGGAAGGCGAAACACCUUUGUUCAAGCAGUUCUUCAAGAACUGGCGGGACAAGGACCAGACGGAGGGGCUGGGGGUGGCCUAUGUCUCCAGCCACAUUGCCAACAUUGAUAAGGUGCCUUUUGAUGCUGCUACGCUGCACACCUCCAAGGCUAUGGCUGCCCAGCAUGGCAUGGAAGACGACGGCUCUGGCAACAAGCAGAUCUGGAGAAUAGAAGGCUCUGCUAAAGUGGCCGUGGAUCCCUCGAGCUACGGCCAGUUUUACGGCGGAGACAGCUACAUUAUCUUGUAUGACUACAGGCACGGAGGCAAGCAGGGACAGAUCAUCUACACUUGGCAAGGUGCAAACUCCUCCCAGGAUGAAAUCGCCACCUCUGCCUUCCUCACUGUGCAGCUGGACGAGGAACUGGGAGGCACCCCAGUGCAGAAACGAGUGGUGCAGGGGAAAGAGCCACCUCAUCUCAUGAGCAUGUUCGGUGGGAAGCCUUUGAUUGUCUACAAGGGUGGGACCUCCAGGGACGGAGGCCAGACGGCACCUGCAAAUACACGUCUGUUCCAGGUCCGCUCGAGCACCUCUGGAGCUACCCGAGCGGUGGAGCUGGAUCCUGUUGCCAGUGAGCUGAAUUCCAACGAUGCCUUUGUCCUAAAAACUCCCUCCGCUGCUUACCUGUGGGUGGGCCAAGGGGCCAGCGCCACUGAGAAGUCUGGAGCUCAAGAGCUGCUGAAGGUCCUGGGAGCUCGCCCUGUACAAGUUGCUGAGGGCAGCGAGCCAGAUAGCUUUUGGGAAGCACUGGGUGGAAAGGCAGUUUAUCGCACCUCCCCACGGCUGAAGGACAAGAAGAUGGAUGCUAACCCCCCUCGCCUCUUUGCUUGCUCAAACAAGAGUGGACGUUUUAUUAUUGAAGAGGUUCCCGGGGAGCUGACCCAGGAUGACCUUGCCGUAGAUGAUGUCAUGAUCCUUGACACAUGGGACCAGGUCUUUGUCUGGAUUGGAAAUGAAGCACAGGAAGAAGAAAAGACUGAGGCCUUGACAUCUGCUAAAAGGUACAUUGAGACUGAUCCAGCUGUCCGAGAUAAGAGAACUCCUAUUACUAUCAUCAAGCAAGGGUUUGAACCGGCCACCUUCUCCGGCUGGUUCCUGGGCUGGGAUGAUGAUUACUGGACUGUUGAUCCUCUGCAAAGAGCCAUGGAUGAACUGGCUGCCUAAGCAAAAAGCAUUUUUCUUUUGGAGUAGAGUCAGCUUGGUGCCUUCACUACCUACAAGUGCUACUUCCUCCUGCAGGACACACAUUAAUGUGGCAACUGUUUUUAAUAGCCAGAUAGCUGUGCAAUAAUUAAAGAAUUUAAUGACCAGUCAUAUCACCUUCCCUGCUGCUUUGAAUACGGUAUUUAAUACAAUAAAGCUUAUACGGAACAAGUGAAGACUAAAAAA